GAGGAGGAGGGAGCAGGCGGCCGGCGGCGCGGGGGGAGGGGGCCCGGUCCGGGAGUGCGGGAGGCAGGGGUAGAGGGAGGUGGCGGCAGCGGCUAGCGGACUCGAGUCAUUACCAGGCCGAGGCAGACACCUCUGUGGAGCGAGGCAGUAGGAGCACCGAGCACCGGAGGCGGCACCGGGAUCCCCGGCUCAGGGGAGGGGGGCGCCGGACCGGGAGGAGGGGAGGGGGCGAUGCUGGAAGCCAUGGCGGAGCCCAGUCCCGAAGAUCCACCUCCGACCCUUAAGCCAGAAACUCAGCCACCAGAGAAACGUCGGAGAACAAUUGAGGACUUCAACAAAUUCUGCAGUUUCGUGUUGGCCUAUGCCGGUUACAUUCCCUCUAGCAAAGAGGAAAGCGACUGGCCAGCCUCAGGCUCCAGCUCUCCUUUGCGAGGUGAGAGUGCGGCAGACAGUGAUGGCUGGGACUCGGCCCCCUCAGAUCUCCGAACCAUCCAGACCUUUGUUAAGAAAGCAAAGUCAUCCAAGAGAAGGGCGGCUCAAGCAGGCCCCACUCAACCAGGACCCCCAAGGUCCACUUUUUCUCGUCUGCAGGCCCCUGACAGCGCGACCCUGCUUGAGAAGAUGAAGCUCAAGGACUCGCUCUUUGAUCUAGAUGGGCCCAAAAUGGCGUCUCCACUGUCCCCCACUUCCCUGACACAUGCCUCCCGGCCCCCUGCUGCUCUCACCCCGGUACCCCUUUCCCAGGGGGACCUCUCCCAACCUCCUCGAAAGAAGGACCGAAAGAACCGAAAGUUGGGGCCGGGAGGGGGGGCUGGCUUUGGGGUGCUCCGGAGGCCUCGGCCGGCUCCCGGGGAUGGGGAAAAGAGGUCUCGAAUUAAGAAGAGCAAGAAACGGAAGUUGAAAAAGGCAGAGCGGGGGGAUAGACUCCCACCUCCUGGGCCUCCCCGGGCACCCCCCAGUGACACAGACUCUGAAGAGGAGGAGGAAGAAGAGGAAGAGGAGGAGGAGGAAGAGAUGGCAGCAAUGGUGGGGGGUGAAGCCCCCGCCCCCGUGCUGCCGACACCCCCAGAGGCUCCUAGGCCUCCUGCCACGGUGCACCCCGAAGGAGCCCCUCCCACUGACAGCGAAAGCAAGGACGUGGGGAGCACGGAAACCAGCCAAGACGGAGACGCCAGCUCCAGCGAAGGCGAGAUGCGCGUCAUGGACGAGGACAUCAUGGUGGAAUCAGGUGAUGACUCAUGGGACCUGAUCACGUGUUACUGCCGAAAGCCCUUUGCAGGGCGGCCCAUGAUCGAGUGCAGCCUGUGUGGGACAUGGAUCCACCUGUCCUGUGCGAAGAUUAAGAAGACCAAUGUCCCCGACUUCUUUUACUGCCAGAAAUGCAAGGAACUGCGGCCAGAGGCCCGGCGGUUAGGGGGGCCUCCCAAAUCGGGAGAGCCGUGACCUCGCCAUCUCUCGGCUGGGACUUCCAAAUGACGACAGGACUUGGGAACUGAGCCUCGGGGUCCUCAGUAUGUCCCCUGGAGCUUGGAUAUUGUCCCACUUCAAAGGCAGGAACACCCGAGGGAGGCUGGUUUGGAAAUGAGUGUCUCGGCUCCAACCUUACCUUUCCUUCCCACCUUGUGGACUUGAACGUGGACCCAUUACGGUUGGGGGUGGGAGGCCGUCUGGGUCCCUCGACGCUUCAUUUCUGCCCCUGAGACCUGCCACCCCUCACCUUGUGGGCCAGCGUUGGAAUUGGGGUGGAACGGGACAGUUGUCUGUAAAACUCGAGUGUAAAUACAGCACCCCCCUCCCCUUCCUCGUCUUUUCUCUCACUCCCCAUUUAUUCUACACCGGUUGUAGUUUUAAUUUCGGCCUUCCCCUUUCGGGCAGGGCAGCUCGGAGGUGGAGGGCCAACCAGAGCCUGGCCGAGGGGAGGAAGGAAAACAGAAAGGUGACGGGACUCACUCACCUCUUUUGUUUUUAAUACCGUCGGCCAGCUGUUUGUACAGACAGCCUGCGUGUUGUAAAUAAAGCGGAGUGGGCUCUUUUGUGUU